AUGAAGGCCGGCAAGUCGAGGCCGCGAACUAUGCCGAGGACAUUUCAAGAUGAGAGUAAAUAUAGGACUAGAGAUUCAAGAUUUGUAACCAUGAAUUGUGCAAUUGGAAAAAAUAUGUUGCAGCAUUGGGGGCGAAUCAAGUUGGACUGGCUACGAGUCGUUUGUUCUGAUCCUGCCGGCCAUCACCACCGUCCGGAGAUCUUCACUUGCCUCUUGGUGACAUAG